CCACCACCACACCCCUAGUUCAGCGGUUGAUUGACAGUUUACCGGAAAUAUUUUUACAGGGCAAGUACGUGUUUAGAGAGGCUGCUUUCCUUUUCAUGCGCACGUACAAUGAAAAGCCUUUGUUUACCUAGAUAAAAAAAUAAAAAUUUAGAAGCAUUUAAAAUUUUCUGUGCGUGUACGUGCGUAAAAAACGAAAACGCGACCAUUUACUGAUCUAGUACUAGUGAAGCAAAGGAAGGCUGUAACGUGAUUGUGGAAAAUUGAUCGUUCCAAUCAUAGUAUGGUCUAACUUUCCGGUCCAAACAGACGGGUAUUGAUUGAAUUUAAACUGGGACAAGAAGCCAUGGAUAAUUAGAUAUGAUUGCACGAUGCACGCGUGUGAAGAAUGUUUACAUAAAUUAACAUAAUUUCGUUGAUUUUCGACAUUCAACAAUGUUUUAUGAGAAACUUCAGUCUUAUUUCAGACUCCAGAAACGUAUAGCUAUAAAAUAAUGGGUUUUGUUAUGGGUGAUAAUUUUAUUUACGAAGUAAAAUGAACUUGAGAACCUUGUUUCAAGAAUUUAAUCCGAGCAAAUUUUUGUUGUUCUUCCUAUUGAUAUUGUUCUCUGUUCUUCUUGCUCUACGUCUUGAUGGAACAAUUCAUUGGAGUUACUGGGCAGUUUUCUUUCCAAUAUGGCUAUGGAAGUUUAUUGCCCUAACUGGUGGAACUUUUGGGAUUUAUGUUUGGCUAACAAAUCCACAAUAUCGGCAAGAUGGCGACGGAAAUGCAGAAUUUAAAGCCAUGAUCUUGUCCUUGAUAAUUCAUAUCUUACUUCUACUGUUUGAAAUAUUGUUGUGCAAUAAUAUAAAUGAAAAGAAGUACAGUUGGAUUCUUGCAUUUACUCCCAUAUACAUUAUAUGUCCUUUGUCUGUUAUGUUCUGUAUUUGGGAGUUAAGACAUGAUCGUUCAGUUGAGUUUGAAAUGAUUUUUGCAGUUAACAUUCUACAGUUUAUUUUCUUGUCCUUAAAACUAGACAAUGUUGUUACAUGGUCAUGGGUGGUUGUAUUCAUUCCUGUAUGGAUAGUGAUGACAUUGUUAUGUUUACUGGUUGUUUAUUAUGUCAUCUGGUCACUGUUGUUUCUUAGAUCUGAUAUUGUUUCUCCAGCACAAAAACAAAGUCACAUAACUAUUGUGAUUGUUUCUUUAACCUUAGUUGUUCCACUGUUGGUUUUCGAGAUUUUAUUAGUGAAUCGUCUUGAUGGAUCAAGUGAUGAACUGUUUGUAAAAAUUAUGAUUCCCCUUCAGAUGGGAUUACUAACAUUGUUAACAACUUCAUUUUGUAACAAAGGUGGCAACCAUUGGUGGUUUGGUAUUCGAAAAGAUUUCUGUGAAUACCUUCUUGGUAUGAUUCCAUGUUUACAAGAAUAUGGCAAUACUUCUUACAAAUUCCCAGAAAGUUUCAUCACUGAGGCGAUAAGUGAAGAAUUGAUAACUCAUAAACGAACAUCUCUGCAGAGAGAAUUACCCAAACAAACUGCACCUGUGGUACAUAUUGAAGUACCGGAUUGAUAUACAAUGACCAGUAAUGGUA